AUGUCCAGCCGUGUGCGGAAACACAACGAACCGAUGAAGGCAUUCGUGCCCGUCAGUUCCCUGCUGCUGAGAGGCACCGGAUCCAUUCACUGUUCGGGUGGAAGUUCCGGUACGAGCGCUACCGGCCAACAAACCGGCAGUCCCAGCAGCAUUAGCGGUGCGGCCAGUACCGGUUGCGGCAACACAUCGUACGCCAGCGGAGCAGGAAAGUCCCUGUCGGCCACGCUGUCCCCACCCGUCCGGCACAUCUCACCGGAACAUGCCAUCUGUGGCAAUCGGAGCCCGGGUGCACUAACGUGCAAAGGAAAAGUUCUUAACGACGGUUGCAUACGACGCACGGCAUCACUCGAUGCACUUUAUCUACGUCCAGCACCGGCCUGGAGCCUGAUAACGCCGACCCUUCUGCAGCUGGACAAAGCGACACAGACGGAGGAGUCGUUUCUCGAGCGAACGCGCGGUACCACCGGCACGAUGCUGUCCGCAGCACAGACGUCCGACGUGGCCGGUCCGUCCCCGUCGUCCACCUCGUCAUCGCCGGUAAUUACCCGUACCGAUGCGACGACCCCGACUGAUCUGAAGAUGGAGAAAGUGAUACGACAAAGACUGCAGCGUACGCAUCGCGGUGAACAUUCCGUUAGCUCCCAGACGCUUAGCCCUAAUCAUGCAAAAGCAAGCCCAGUGUCGAUACCAACACGUACCUGUCCGCCCGUACACAUACGGCCGAUGCGUAACUCUGUCGAAGGUUUGAACCAGGAGAUUGAAAAGCUGGUCCUGUAUCCUGGCCAGCAGCAUAGCUGUCGGGCCGAGUUGGAGAUGUACUCGCGCGGCACUCCAGAAGGACAUCGCGCACCGUUGGCCGAUCUGUUCCAUGGUGCUGGGGCCGUUUCGCUGGUCGGCGGUCCCGGUGAUACGCGCUCGGUCAACACGCAAACACCGCUCGGGGAUACACUGUCUUCGGACGAUGGUAGCCAGAGCACGUCGCCGGAUGAGGGUGCCGUCACGACGAGUGCAUCGCCUAGGAUCAACAAAUUCCUAGCCCGUGAACCACCGGAUGGUUGUGAAAAGGUUAAUUUAAAACUCACUGAAGCCGAUACCAGUACAAACACGGCCUGCUUCAAACCGUGCACUACCGCAUUCCAGCUGAAGCCAUCGCUAGGAUCCGCAUUCCAGCCGCUGCAACCGUUGCCGACGCUUAAAACAACACCGGAAGAUGACGAUGGCGAUGCUGUCGAUGUAGAAGGUGCCGCGGUCACCGCUUCCGCUACGGAGUAA